UAUGUUUUGAGUAGAGGGUGUUGGCAUGUAGCCUGGUUCAAAGAACAAAUGUACUGAAUUUUUUUCAAGGGUCUAUCCACAACAUUUAACAGCGAAACAGUAACCGUGCCUUUGAAAAACUAUUUUAAAACUUUAAAACCUUUUUUUCUGUUUUGAGCAUCGCGUAGUGUAAUUUCACAUUUUCACCUCUAAGCUUCAUAUUAGGCAACCAGCUCUGUACUAAUCGCAUAAAUUGACAUUUUAUCGGUCAGUAGUAUGUCAAUGCUGGUGAGAUGUUAAAUGCUUAUAAAAGUUUUAAAACAGGUCACUAGGCGUGCAAUGAAUGUGCUUCGCCAGACGUAGAUUUCACUGUGCUGCAUUUUAAAACAGCUAUACUGCAAUGACAAAUUAAUGACUGUGCGAUUGCGCUAUCUCGAUAACAGAUUGGCUAUUGAUAUUUUCCAUUCAUAUAAUUCUUUCAAGUGCUUAUUAAUCCUGCGUACCGGUGCCUGACUUUACAUCAAUACGUGCAUAAAUAGAAAUUCCAUCUCUUGGCAUUAAAAACCCUGCAGGAAUCUUCAGCUGUUUUCCCAAGCGGAAACAAUUUGUAGAGUCUUGAACAGUCGAGAGCACACUUGAAUUCCCCCUUGUCACAUGGCUGGAAAUGGCAACGGCAGCUUCGAUUACUGUGCUCCGUCAGCGGCUUGCAAUCGCCUUGUGAUGUUUAUUAAUGUCAAAAUGAACAAAGGUUAUCCACGUGAUCCGUCGGACUUCCGCUCGUGUCUGUUUACAAACUGACUGAAGUUUCUGCUGCUGUGUUUGACCGCUGUGGAUGUUUUGGAAGCGAGGACACCAGCUUUCUUUUGGAAGGAAAGUGUUUGGAGUUGCGCUGUGCGGACUGGCAUCUUUCAAAUGGCGUUGAACGGCGACAUUCAAUGAACUGUAGCGCUUUUCCGAAUAGGUAAACUUUUAAUUUUGGCAAGUCAUGGGUGCGUUUCAUUAAGUUUACAUCUUACCAUAAAAUACGCUGCACGCUGACUGAUUGAAUAGGAACUUGCGCGAUAGGUACGAGUCUGCGAAAAGCAGUUAAUUUGAGUAAACCUACCUACAUAAGGUGAUAGAUCUUUGUGUAUAUGUAUAUGUAUAUGUAUAUAAUUACGAUAACACCAUGAUCGGCUCUCCAGACCUGCUGGCUUUUACCACCGAUUUCAGAGAAAUACCCCCAGACUCGUUUGCACUUCCAGAGGAACUGUCGGUCCCACUCUAUCCACAAGCAGGAGAGACUUCGCCCUGGUCUAAGAUAUCCAAAGUAAAAUUUGAUAAAGAUUUCAUUCUUAUAUCAGAGUUUUCAGAGCAGGUUGGUCCCCAGCCAGUACUCACAAUUCCUGAUGAAAGCAAGGCUUGUGGCUCGUUCAAUCUGAAUGACUUCUCUCUCAGGAUUAUGUCAAUGGACUAUCAGACCUCAUUCAGCAGUGCAGGAGAUUCCGGCUGCCCUAAACUGAAUUUUGUAGAAGACUCAAAGGUAGUUCUGGGUGAUUCCAGAGAAGGAGCAUUUGCCUAUGUGCACCACUUAACACUGUAUGAUCUGGAGGCUCGUGGGUUUGUACGGCCAUUCUGCAUCGCUUAUGUGUCCUCAGAAGAGGAUAAAAUUAUGCAUAAUUUCUCUCAUCUGUCUGAUGAGUUUUCAAAGGUUUCUGAGUGUCUGAAGACCGGAAACAGGAAAAACUUUGCAAACGAACUAGACAGAAAGCUCAGAGACUUGGAGUAUACCAGAUUAGUAUUGCUGAGAGAGAUUAGUAGAGAUAGUCGAAGUAACAUAUCUGGCAGAGAAAACCAUGAAGGACUAGAGACUAAGAAUGAAGGGUCUAUGAGGCAAAAAGAAAAGAUGGAAGAAAAAGGAAACAGUAGAUUACUGCUGAUGACAGAGGAAGAGAAACCAAAAGAGAGAGACAGUUGUGGGAGCUUGGUUGAAGGUGCAGAAGCAAACAACAGAAUGUCAUGGCCAGAUAAAGGGAACCGUGAAUCAGAUAGUAGCUCAGAUGUAGAGAGCAAUGGAGCAGCAGGAGGACAAACAGACAGUUCAGAAAGUGGGGAGGGACUUAAGCAGCUGGAGGCGAUAGAGGAAAAUCAAAGUACGAGAUGUCACGCAGUCCUGUGGCCCAAUAAACAUAUAGAGCUGGACAGCAUAGAGAAAGCCAUCCAGGAGCACAGAAGUCUUUUGAAACAAGUCACCUCCUAUCCAACCAGGAAGCUCCAAGAUCCAGAAUUUUUGCCGUAUGAGCCAGAUGAUGCCCCACUCUCCCUGGAGCUGGAUUUGGACUGUAUAGUACACUCUGAGGUCCCUGUGCCAGGGAUGGAGAAUGACAUUUUCAUGCCCAGAUCUUCUCACACUCCACAGCUCCUCAGCAUGAACUUGUGUCAGAGGUUUGACAAAUGCCUAAAGAAUCUAGAGGAGCUGUGUGAUGAAUACUUCCUCUGUCAGGCACUAAAACAGCUCCACUCCAUCGAGAGAAACCUUCGUGGAGACCUCAGCUACCUCUUUGGUUACCAGAUCACCCAAAACUUGCUCCAGCACCUCAGCUCUACCAAAUUUUUAUUCGAAGGUCCAUGUGACUUGGAGACAAAGGCUGACCAGCAGCCUGAAGUUCGGUCACUGCCACUCCCUCAUCCUUCCCAACUGCAGAGUGAACCUAUAAGUCUAGAUGCCUACACUUCCUGUGUGGAAAUGGUGCCCAUCAAGCUUGAGGUCAGCAGGAAUGGGCAACCUCUUACCGAGACAAACUCUGUUCCUGCUUCACCCUGGGUUGAUCCACCCCAGACCCAAGACUUGCCAGUAAGAGGUGACUGUGAUGAUGAGGAGGUGGCCUCCAUGCCAAGAAAAGACAGCGUAAGCAGUGGGGAGAGUAUUGAAGUGUUGGGAACUGAGAAGUCCUUCAAAACCCAGGGCCCACCUGUUACCAUGGAGGCAGUCCCGCAGAGACCUCCCUUGUUCCCUGCCACCGUGUUGGAAGGCUGGAGACGGAGGGUGGUGGCCUGUCGGACAAACAGCGAGGACAGCAUCGAGGUGCUCAGCACUACAGACUCAAUCAUAUUGGAAGACUUACGGGCUUUCUGCCCUUCUGCAAUCCAUGAGGAAAUCCCAGAGCAGGAAAGAGAGGAGCAAGACAAGAUGCCAGGCCAGCAAGAAAAAGCUGUGGAGGAGCACAUGUGUGAUACUGAAGACAUAGUCCCAGGAGAGGGACAGAAGUGCCAGAGUGUCCCUGGCACCCUCACUAUCUUUUUAAACCCACCUGAUCCUGACCUCAACUUUGUGCUCACUAAAGUCAAUAUGGACUCAUGCACUAUCACUGGCUCACUUUUCCCUGUGGACAAGGUAGGCUCUCUACCAGAGGGACCUUGCCAGCUUGCACAAGAUGAUUUAUCGGACUGCACCACCUCCACCACCUCAGAAACUAGUGUCUCUUUGGGCCCACACAGGGAGAGGAGUUCAGGCAGGAAUCUGCGAAAGUGGGCCAGGCUGGGGAGAGACGCGUUGCACUUCCUGCACCACUUCCCAUUCGCCCUACAUGCUGUGUACAGCCUGCUGAGUGGCAGGACUUUGGUGGUCCUGGGCAGUGAGGAAGCAGCUGUCAAACGCUGGGUGAGGGCACUGGCCAUCUAUAUCCCUCGGCUGGGUGGGUAUAAACAGAGCAUCCAACCCUGGACUUCAGAACCUCUGCAGAUUGCCGACCUGCUAACUUGGAAACUCGUAGGGUUUAACAGGAUGGCUUUCCCUACAGCACCCAGCAUACCUCUCUGCUUAGGCCGCUAUAGCCGUUACCUCAGUGUACUUGAUGUGGACCAGCGGUCUUUGCGGUGCCCUGCCUACAGGGGUUCUCUGAUUUGUCCGCUGGUGGAGUCAAAGAUUAUCCAUGGCGAAACAUAUUUCCUGCACACACAGGCCGUGAUCAGCAGGCUGGUCACUAAGGCUUUCCUGCUUACGUUCUCACAUGGACUCCACCAUCCCACCAGCCGCAAUGAAAGUGACAGGGCAGAGCGCUUCCGCUGUGACCUCCACGACAACGACAUGAAGAUCCUCCUCUUCCUCUCUGAGCUCAUCAGGCUGCACCUCACGCAGACUGCGCCCACCGUUCUCCAAUUCAGUUAUACCGCCAGCACACUUUUCAAAGUCUGACACCAAAUUUGAUAGUAUCACCACCAUGCUGUAACCGGAGUGUCAUGUCAUCUGUGAAGUGCUGUCUGUUCCUGGGCUCAAUUAAGCCCCUUUUUUAUCAAGACUAUUAGGAUAGGAUUUCCCACACCUGGUCCUGGACUGAUCUUGCAUUGGAGUGGUCAGUAAUUUUUAUUUCGUUUUAAAUGCAUGCAACAGCAGGAUUCAUUUACACAAGACAAAACUUUCUGAAACAGCCCAGAGCAAUAAUUUGAAUAAUUCUCAAUCCCCAAAUACCAGUUUUCCUUAUGUUUACAUUAAUUACUGCCAGAUUAGAUCCACAUGUGCUUCUGGUACAGCAGGAGCAGGAUUGGCUGAAGCACUCCCAGGACUGGGGGGAAAAGUCUCACAUUGGCAGAACAUUUGGAUAAGUUGGUAAACAUGCACAUCUUUUUCCAAGUAUGGUAGAAAGGUCCAUCGUGACGUUUGAGGAGGUAAACGGGUAUUUUUAUUUAUAAAGGUGCACUUCUAAACUAGGCAUACUUAAUAAGGUCAGAAAACUGCAUGUAUUUGGUUGAAUUUGUUGGAUUUCCCACACGCCCUGCAAAUUGGCCAAUGAACAGUACAGUGAUGUGUUUAGUACUGCAUCAUGCAAAGCUUUUCCCCACAGCAUUCUUUAAUUUUGGUGGCUUUUGGUUAGUCUUUAUUUGUUUACAUGUUAAGGGAAAAGUAUGUAAAUAUGUAAUACAAGCAUUACAGGAUCUUUUCAAUUUUUAGGAUAUACUGUGAAAAGAAAUUAAAUUUAUGGUGUUUGUGUAACUGAGAUAAGAAGGCAGCUACACUGGGCAGUAUUGCAGUUUGUAACCAUGGCAAUUUUUGAAGUUUGCUUUGAAAAAAACCCUAAAUUAACAGUGUUGAGUUUCUGAGAUACUGAGUGUGUGUGUGUAAACAUGAGACAUUUAUUAUUAUAUUGUUGAUUUAAAUUAAUUUUAUACAUGUUCAAUGAAGAUAUUUAGUAAAAAAUAAAAUGUUAUAAAACUCAUAUGACCACAUUAGGAGAUUUUUAAUAUAAUUUCCCCUUGGAAUAAAUGUCAGAAGCUGGAUGGGGCAGCUUGUGUUUAUAGUUGUAUAAACACAAGUCCCAGGGAAGACUCAAUUGACUCAAGGAAAAAAACAUUUAAAUUCCAGCCAACACAUUCAUAAACUCAUGAAGCCUCAUGCAACUCCCUCCAGCAUUAAUGACUGCCUAAAUAUAUGUUUAUUUUCAACUUGUCAUCCUUCAAAGCUUCCUGUAAUACAAUCCCUUUCAAAGAACAUAUUCAAAUACAUAAAGUGCAGCACAAAGGUUUGUGAAAAUGAAACAGAACUUAAAUGAGAACAGGAUACUCAAUUACCGAUCUGAUUGACAUGUUACAAAAGGUUUUAUAUGAUGUUCACACAAAGUCUCAAUAAACAGUUAAAAAAAAAAAAAAAAAAA